GGGAUGUUUUCUGCGCUGACCAACCUCCAUCGCCAUUGCAGGUCCAGGGAGUCGGCAGUCGGUGAUUAGCCGGGGGGAGCAGCUUAAUUAAACCGCAAGGGAGUGAACGAGAAGUACCAUCAGGCCGACAACUCGUUCUGGACAAGGCUUAGAACUAACUGACAGUGGGACUUUAGAUUAGAGACUCGGUGGCUGUUCGGUUAGCACCGGGGAGAAGCAGCCGUAGUUUGUGUUAGCCCUAGAAGACAUCGGAGGAGGGUGACGGAGAGAGCAACCGCCAUGGCUCAGAUCCUGCCCAUUCGCUUUCAGGAGCACCUGCAGCUCCAAAACUUGGGAAUCAAUCCAGCCAACAUAGGCUUCAGCACUCUAACCAUGGAGUCAGAUAAGUUCAUCUGUGUCCGGGAGAAAGUUGGUGAGCAGGCUCAGGUGGUGAUCAUUGACAUGGCCGACCCUAAUACUCCCAUCCGCAGGCCCAUCUCGGCUGACAGCGCCAUCAUGAAUCCAGCCAGCAAAGUCAUUGCACUUAAAGACGCAGCCAAAACUCUUCAGAUCUUUAACAUUGAGAUGAAAAGCAAGAUGAAGGCGCACACCAUGACAGACGAUGUUACUUUCUGGAAGUGGAUCUCCCUAAACACAGUUGCUCUUGUGACUGACAAUGCUGUGUACCACUGGAGUAUGGAGGGUGACUCGCAACCUGUGAAAGUCUUUGACCGUCACUCCAGCCUGGCAGGAUGUCAGAUCAUCAACUACCGGACCGACGCCAAGCAAAAAUGGCUUCUCCUUAUUGGUAUCUCAGCUCAGCAAAAUCGAGUGGUGGGAGCCAUGCAGCUGUACUCUGUGGACAGAAAGGUUUCUCAGCCCAUUGAAGGCCAUGCUGCCAGUUUUGCCCAGUUUAAGAUUGAGGGUAAUGCAGAGGAAUCAACUUUGUUCUGCUUCGCUGUCAGAGGCCAGACUGGAGGAAAGCUGCACAUCAUUGAAGUAGGAACGCCGCCAACUGGUAACCAGCCAUUUGCAAAGAAAGCAGUAGAUGUCUUCUUUCCUCCAGAAGCACAAAAUGACUUCCCUGUGGCCAUGCAGAUGAGCUCAAAGCACAAUGUGGUUUUCCUCAUUACCAAAUAUGGCUACAUCCAUCUAUAUGACUUGGAGACAGGAACAUGCAUCUACAUGAACCGCAUCAGCGGGGAGACUAUCUUUGUCACCGCUCCUCAUGAGGCCACCUCGGGCAUUAUUGGAGUCAACAGGAAGGGGCAGGUGCUGUCUGUCUGUGUGGAGGAAGAAAAUAUCAUUCCAUACAUCACCAACGUAUUGCAGAAUCCAGAUCUUGCUCUACGUUUAGCUGUUCGCAAUAACCUUGCAGGAGCUGAGGAGCUCUUUGCUCGCAAGUUCAACAACUUGUUUACUGCCGGCAACUACUCUGAAGCUGCCAAAGUUGCUGCAAAUGCACCAAAGGGUAUCUUGCGCACCCCAGACACCAUUCGUCGCUUCCAGAGUGUUCCCACACAGCCUGGCCAGACGUCUCCCUUGCUCCAGUACUUUGGUAUCCUGUUGGACCAGGGCCAACUCAACAAGUUCGAGUCUCUUGAGCUUUGCAGGCCUGUCCUCCAGCAGGGACGAAAGCAGCUUCUGGAGAAGUGGCUGAAGGAGGACAAGUUGGAGUGUUCGGAGGAACUGGGUGACCUAGUGAAGGCAGUGGAUCCCACCUUGGCUCUCAGUGUCUACCUGAGAGCCAACGUUCCCAAUAAGGUCAUUCAGUGCUUUGCAGAAACUGGACAGUUCCCCAAAAUUGUGCUGUACGCUAAAAAGGUGGGCUACACUCCAGACUGGAUCUUUCUGCUGAGGAAUGUGAUGCGGAUCAACCCCGACCAAGGCCUGCAGUUUGCACAGAUGCUGGUCCAGGAUGAAGAGCCACUGGCAGACAUCACACAGUCUUUGGGGAAGCCUGGACGUUUGUUCUACUUCCUGGGUUCUAUUGUGAACUUCAGUCAGGAUCCUGAAGUUCACUUCAAAUACAUUCAAGCUGCCUGCAAGACCGGCCAGAUCAAAGAGGUGGAGAGGAUCUGUAGAGAGAGCAACUGCUACGACCCUGAGCGAGUCAAGAACUUCCUCAAGGAAGCCAAACUCACCGACCAACUGCCCCUCAUCAUUGUCUGUGAUCGUUUUGAUUUCGUCCACGACCUCGUCCUCUACCUCUACCGCAACAACCUGCAGAAGUACAUUGAGAUUUAUGUUCAGAAGGUGAAUCCCAGUCGCCUGCCUGUUGUAGUCGGCGGUCUCUUGGAUGUGGACUGCUCUGAGGAUGUCAUCAAGAGUCUGAUCCUAGUUGUCAGGGGGCAGUUCUCUACUGAUGAGCUGGUUGCAGAGGUGGAAAAGAGGAACAGGCUCAAGCUGUUGCUGCCAUGGCUGGAGUCUCGAAUUCAUGAAGGUUGUGAAGAACCUGCUACCCACAAUGCCCUGGCAAAGAUCUACAUUGACAGCAACAACAACCCUGAACGCUUCCUGCGAGAAAAUCCUUUCUACGACAGUCGCGUGGUGGGAAAGUACUGUGAGAAGAGAGACCCUCAUCUUGCCUGUGUGGCUUAUGAGCGAGGACAGUGCGACCAGGAGCUAAUCAAUGUUUGCAAUGAGAACUCCCUCUUCAAGAGCUUGUCCCGCUACCUCGUCCGACGCAAGGACCCUGAACUGUGGGCCAGUGUCCUGCUCGAGAGCAAUCCCUUCAGGCGACCACUCAUCGAUCAGGUGGUACAAACAGCACUGUCAGAAACUCAAGAUCCAGAGGAGGUGUCUGUCACCGUCAAAGCUUUCAUGACUGCCGACUUGCCCAAUGAGCUCAUUGAGCUGCUGGAGAAGAUUGUGUUGGACAACUCGGUCUUCAGUGAACACAGAAAUCUGCAGAACCUGCUGAUCUUGACGGCAAUCAAAGCUGACCACACCCGUGUGAUGGAGUACAUCAGCAGGCUGGAUAAUUAUGAUGCUCCUGAUAUUGCAAACAUUGCCAUCAGCAAUGAGCUCUACGAGGAGGCCUUUGCCAUCUUUAAGAAGUUUGAUGUCAACACCUCUGCUGUGCAGGUGCUAAUAGAGCAUAUUGGUAACCUGGACCGGGCCUAUGAGUUUGCGGAACGCUGCAAUGAACCAGCUGUGUGGAGCCAGCUGGCCAAGGCUCAGCUACAGAAAGAGCUGGUCAAGGAAGCAAUCGACUCCUACAUCAAAGCUGACGACCCCUCUGCGUACAUGGAGGUGGUAGCUGCAGCCGAUAAGAGUGGAAAUUGGGAGGACUUGGUCAAAUUCCUUCAGAUGGCUCGUAAGAAGGCUCGUGAGUCCUAUGUGGAGACGGAGCUGAUCUUUGCGUUGGCCAAAACCAAUCGUCUGGCUGAACUGGAAGAGUUUAUUAAUGGGCCCAACAAUGCUCACAUCCAACAGGUUGGUGACCGUUGCUACGAUGAAAAAAUGUACGAAGCAGCUAAACUGCUGUACAACAAUGUGUCCAACUUUGGUCGUCUGGCUUCCACUCUGGUGCACCUCGGAGAGUACCAGGCUGCUGUGGAUGGCGCCCGUAAAGCCAACAGCACCCGCACCUGGAAAGAGGUGUGCUUCGCCUGUGUGGAUGGACAAGAGUUCAGACUCGCACAGAUGUGCGGCCUCCACAUCGUGGUUCACGCUGAUGAGCUGGAGGAGCUGAUCAACUAUUAUCAAGACCGCGGCUACUUUGAGGAGUUGAUCACCAUGCUCGAGGCCGCUCUGGGCCUGGAACGGGCUCACAUGGGAAUGUUCACCGAGUUGGCCAUCCUUUACUCAAAGUUCAAACCCCAGAAGAUGAGGGAGCAUCUGGAACUGUUUUGGUCCAGAGUUAACAUCCCAAAGGUCCUGAGAGCAGCGGAGCAGGCUCAUCUGUGGGCAGAGUUGGUCUUCCUGUACGACAAGUAUGAGGAGUUUGACAACGCCAUCAUCACCAUGAUGAAUCACCCGACAGACGCCUGGAAGGAGGGCCAGUUCAAAGAUAUCAUCACCAAAGUGGCCAACGUGGAGCUGUACUACAAAGCCGUUCAGUUCUACCUGGAGUUCAAGCCGUUGUUACUGAACGAUUUGCUCAUGGUUCUUUCCCCGAGACUGGAUCAUUCACGUGCUGUCAACUACUUCAGCAAGGUGAAACAGCUGCCUCUUGUCAAACCCUACCUACGGUCAGUACAGAACCACAACAAUAAAUCAGUCAAUGAAGCACUUAACAACCUCUUCAUCACAGAAGAGGACUAUCAGGCACUGAGGACAUCGAUAGACGCUUACGAUAACUUUGACACCAUCUCGCUGGCCCAACGCAUGGAGAAACACGAGCUGAUUGAGUUCAGAAGAAUUGCUGCCUACCUCUUCAAAGGCAACAACCGCUGGAAACAGAGUGUGGAGCUUUGUAAGAAAGACAAGCUGUACAAGGAUGCCAUGCAGUAUGCUUCAGAGUCCAAAGACAUAGAGCUGGCAGAGGAGCUCCUCGCCUGGUUCCUGCAGGAGAACAAGAAGGAGUGUUUUGCUGCCUGCCUUUUCUCUUGCUAUGACCUGCUGCGGCCCGAUGUGGUGCUGGAAACCGCCUGGAGGCACAACAUCAUGGACUUCUCUAUGCCGUACUUCAUUCAGGUCAUGAGGGAGUACCUCAGUAAGGUUAAUAAACUUGAAACUUCAGAGUCCGUAAGAAAAGAAGAGGAGCAGGCAACGGAGACGCAACCCAUCGUCUACGGUAACGAUCCGACAGCGGCAUCCAUCUCCACAUCACUGUGA